AUGUCUGGUCCUGAUAUUCUAGCCGCCGCCACGGAAGGCCCAGCGGCGCCCCCACCCCCUGCCGCAGGUAGCGCGGGAGAGAAUCGCCAGCUGAGCUCCGACUCGGAGGGCGAAAGUACGACGGAGACCGACGCAGCCCUGGCCCCCGCCCCCGCCCCCGCCCCCGCCCAGCCGACAGCCGCGCCUGCCAGCAGCCCUGCCGCCCAGGCCGGGCCCAGCGCCGACGUUGCCACGCCGUACAGCGAGAUGCGUGAGCUUGCCAUCAAAAAGCAAGUCACGAAUCUUGCCCGCAUUCUGAAGGAAUCAGAAGACGAGCCGAAAGGAAAAAACGUGGACGUCCCGGCCGCGGGAAAUCCAAAAGGCGGCGGAGCAAGAGGCGAAGUCUCAGCCGUGAAAAAGACGAUGACAAGAUGGACGUAUCUGAAGCAGAAGAGUCAGAUACGUCAACCGCAAGCAAAAAGGCAACAACCCCUAAAGCAGAGGACGUAG